ACCGCAUAAAAGGAAAGAACUUCAAGAAUGAAUUGAAAGUGCGGUGGAGUCGGAUCGGGUAGUAUCGUAAGGUCAUGUGAGUGCCUACUAGGUAUAUAAGUCACGUGUAAUUAGCGCACCAGUUAACAAGUGGGGCGUUUUUUUACUUUUCGAUUCCUUUUGGGGGCAGUUGUGCCAACCCGGGCCAAAUGGAAACCGCCAGCGCCAUUUUCAACCUCGACUUGAUUCAAAUUAUUUCCUCUCCCAAACUCAUCACCCUCCUCCACUCCUUCUAUCCUUUAUCGCUCUAGGUCAUCUUGCAAGAUGUUCAAGAGCGGCCUCUCUUCCUUCGCGAGAGCUUCCAGGCCUGCUUUCGCCGCUUCUACGAGGCGCGCGGUCAGACCUGCAGCGGCCUCUGCUUUCAAAUUCCCUAUUACUAGCCGAUUCGCAAGCACAACGAGUGCUGGUGAUGGCAAAAUUUACCAGGUCAUCGGUGCCGUCGUUGACGUCAAGUUCGACACCGCGAAGCUCCCUCCGAUUUUAAACGCUUUGGAGGUUACCAACAACGGCCAGAAGCUCGUGCUCGAGGUCGCACAACAUUUGGGUCAAAAUGUCGUCCGUUGCAUUGCCAUGGACGGUACCGAAGGUCUCACCCGAGGCGCCAAGGCCAGCGACACUGGUGCCCCCAUCACAAUUCCUGUCGGCCCCGCCACACUUGGUCGCAUCAUAAACGUCACUGGUGACCCGAUUGAUGAGCGUGGACCCAUCAAGACCGACAAGUUCCUACCUAUCCACGCUGAUCCCCCGGAGUUCGUUGAGCAAUCUACCUCUGCCGAGAUUUUGGUUACUGGUAUCAAGGUCGUCGAUCUUCUAGCUCCCUACGCUCGUGGUGGUAAGAUUGGUCUGUUCGGUGGUGCCGGUGUCGGAAAGACUGUGUUCAUUCAGGAACUUAUCAACAACAUCGCCAAGGCUCACGGUGGUUACUCCGUCUUCACCGGUGUCGGUGAGCGAACCCGUGAGGGUAACGAUCUGUACCACGAAAUGCAGGAGACCUCCGUCAUUCAACUCGAUGGCGAGUCCAAGGUCGCCCUUGUGUUCGGUCAGAUGAACGAGCCCCCCGGAGCCCGUGCUCGUGUCGCCCUUACGGGUUUGACCAUUGCCGAAUACUUCCGUGAUCAGGAAGGCCAGGAUGUGCUUCUCUUCAUUGACAACAUUUUCCGAUUCACCCAAGCCGGUUCCGAGGUGUCUGCCCUGUUAGGUCGUAUCCCCUCUGCCGUCGGUUACCAACCCACUCUAGCCAUUGAUAUGGGUGGUAUGCAAGAACGAAUUACCACCACCAAGAAGGGUUCCAUUACUUCAGUCCAGGCCGUCUACGUCCCUGCUGACGAUUUGACUGAUCCUGCCCCUGCCACCACCUUCGCCCAUUUGGACGCUACCACUGUGUUGUCCCGUGGUAUCUCUGAGUUGGGUAUCUACCCCGCUGUCGAUCCCCUAGACUCCAAGUCUCGUAUGUUGGACCCCCGUGUCGUCGGCCAGGACCACUACGACACCGCCACCCGCGUUCAGCAGAUUCUCCAGGAGUACAAGUCUCUGCAAGAUAUCAUUGCCAUUCUGGGUAUGGACGAACUGUCGGAAGCUGACAAGCUUACCGUCGAGCGAGCCCGUAAGAUCCAGCGUUUCCUGAGCCAGCCUUUCACUGUUGCCCAGGUUUUCACUGGUAUCGAGGGUCAGCUAGUCGACCUAAAGGCCACCAUCGCCUCCUUCAAGUCCAUCUUGGCCGGUGAAGGUGACGACCUACCAGAAGGUGCCUUCUACAUGGUUGGUGACUUGGCGUCGGCUCGGGCGAAGGGCGAGAAGAUCUUGGCUGAUCUGGAGAAGUCGUCUUAAGGAACUAAUGAGUAACUGCUGUUAAAUAGACACUACCGAAAGAAAAAAGGUAGUGACCUGUGUAUAUCUAGAAAAGGAGAGCAGUCGUGGUUCUGAUGAUUUUCCCUAGCUCAACUGAGUUCCUUUUGUGAGCUGUAUACCAAACAUACAAAUUCACCCUAAUUUCCUAGCUG